AUGGCGAACCUCCUUCACAUACUCACCAAAACCAAGCCCUCUCCAACACUCCUGGCUUCCCUCACCACCCGCUUGGCGCCAAAACCCACGCCUUCUCUCAUCUCCCACCUCACCAAUUCCGAAACCCCCAAUUGGGAACCAGCAGAAACCCUAAUUUCCCGAGAAAUGGCCGAAUCUUCUCGGAGUUCGCAAAUUAUUUUCCCCAACUUCCCCUUUGGAUACUGCCUGCGCUCUAUUUCUCCGCCAUUUGGAGUCGUCGAGGCCGAGGACGCGAGGACGGUUUGGGCUGAUAGUACGAAGAAGAAGAGGAGGAGGAAGAUGAGCAAGCAUAAGUAUAAGAAGCGCAUGAAGCAGCUUCGGCGAAAGACGAGAGCUUGA